UCCCCUUUUUUUUUCUGAUCAAGAUUUAUUAUUUUUGCUUAGUGUUGCCUUUUUGAACAUUUGAAAAAAAAGAAACACCUUCCCAAAUUUGUUGAUGUUUUUUUUUUCAAUCACAAUUGAGUAAAAUCAAUUAGCUAGGUGGGUAUGUCUUGAAUGAAGAACACUUUUAGAAAUUGGUUGUACAAUGGAGAAUUAUGUUAUUAUGGUCAUGGCAACAAGAACCCCAUCAGUCUGCAUAUUUCAUUCGACUAAUUGGGUCGAUCUCAAUGAUGCUCAGUGUCGAUUCCAUCGACAAUUCUUCUUCUUCCUCCCUGGCCUUUUGAGACAUGUAAAUAUGUCACAUUUUCUUGAAGAAAAAUCCUCUUUUGCCUUUGAGUAAGGUUGUCUCUGUUCUUGUUCUUCCUUUUCCUCGUCGUUGUCGUUAUCGUUGUUGUCUUCUCUUGUUGUUUAACAGAAUGAUUUCUGGGGCUGGAAUUGGAAAUGAGGACCCUUUAGGAUGUUGUAUAAUUAAGAAAGGUGGAUCUUUUGAUUGGGCUAAUGAUCAACCACCUUACUUGCAAGAUGACUAUGUUGAGAAAGAUCCCAAUGGACGAUAUGUUCGAUAUAAUGAGGUAUUGGGCAAGGGAGCAUUCAAGACUCUUCAAUGCAUUUGACUUACUUGAGGGUAUUGAAGUUGCAUGGAGCCGAGUGAAAAUUGAGGACGUAAUGCAGUCACCAGAAAGUUUGAGAAAAUUAUAUUCAGAAGUUCAUCUUUUGAGACAAUUGAAACAUGACAAUGUAAUGUAGUUAUAUGAUUCGUGGAUUGAUGACAAGAAGAAGACAGUGAGUUUGGGAACCUGAGGCAGUGAGUUUUUCGUCAUAGUUUCUUCAUUUGCUUAUCAUGUUCUCUUAAAAUGAUCAUGUAUUCAUCGAUGUAGAUAUCGUAACAAGUACAAAAGUGUUGAUAUGAA